CUAUUAGCUGUCUCUUAUCCAACCCAACGAGUGAGAGAGUAAGUUCGAAAACGAGUAGAAUGUGAAAGCACGCGCCAAAAUGGGGGCGCGUGGGUGAAAUCCGUAUCCAUCUUCAACGGGCUUUAAGAUCCAUUUGAGUCAGUCAGUGAUGGUGAGAAGAAAAAGCGUCAUUCUUACGUUUUUUUUUUUUUAUAAGUAUAUAGUUUCACUCACAGACAGAAGCUAAGAAAAAAAGAGAAGCCUUUUGAAAGCAAUCAACUUUAAUCUUUUCAACGACAAUUUCAACCAACACUAGUACUAAGUUGUUGCUCUUUCUCUUCCUUCCUCCUUGUUCUUCUCUUAGAUCUCUUCCUUUUUACUUGAGUCUUAUCCUUUGGAUUUUUAUUCGAUUCGAUUUCCUCUGUUUUGGUUUUAUCAGUUUUCUUUUAGAAUCUCUCUGAUCUGGCUUUUCCUCUUCUACUAACCUUUGUUGUAGAAACUUGUGAGUUAGAUCGAUUCAAAACCCAAACAUAAAAUUUGUAAAAAGAGAAACCCUUUAUAGGUUUUUUGGGGGUUUUGUCUCCUCAGUCUGACCAAUGGGUUCACAGGUUUCUUGUGUAGUUGCUUGAGGCUUUUGGUUUGCUGGAGUUGAAUAGAGUUAUGAGAAGAGGUAGAGGAAAAGGCAAGAGGCAGAAUGCUACUGCUAGAGAAGAUCGAGGGAGCGGUGAAGAAGAAAAGAUUCCAGCGUUUAGGAGAAGAGGGAGGCCACAGAAGCCGGUGAAAGAUGAAAUCGAAGAAGAAGAAGUAGAGCUAGUGAAGAAGACAGAAGAGGAAGAAGACAAGGAUGAUGAUACAAAUGGUUCUGUAACAAGUAAAGAAGAUGUGACAGCGAAUGGGAGGAAGAGGAAGAAACCAGUAGAGUCUAAAGAGAGCAACCUAACUGAAGAAGAGAAUGGGGUAGGAUCAAAAUCAAGCACAGAAGAUUCGAUGAAAUCAUCAUCGUCUAUUGGGUUUAGGCAGAAUGGGAGCAGAAGGAAGAACAAACCAAGACGAGCUGCUGAAGCUGUUGUUGAAUGUAAUGGGGUUUGAAGAGAGGUUCUUAAAACGCUUCUGAAACCGCCUUUUUGGUGUUUUUUUUUUGUGUUGUUGGAUACUUUUGCUGUUAGAAACCCGAGUUUGAUGCGGGUGCGUUUUAGUUUCAUUACAUGGAAUCAGAAUUUCUAUUUUUCGGAUA